CUCCCUCUCACUUCUACCAAACAAUUCCAGCGUCACUUAAUUAUUCGUCAAUUGAUUACCCGCACGCGCUUCAAAGCACCACCACCGCUCAUCGGAUUACACUCAACUCCCCCUUCUUACUCGUAUCUCAAUAACGCAGGUGGUUGGCCCUGUGAAUCAAAAACCACGACGUAACACCAUCAUGUCGUCUUCUACUGGUCCUUCUGCGCCUCCUCCCGUCAACAAGACUCUGGAUCUUGACGGCCACGAUCUGCCCCCCUCACCCACUCCAUCAAGCCCUAGCAAUGGCAAGAACAAGUACUCGCUCGCAACUGAGCUCGUCUACACUGAGUCAAACGACCAGUACAACGCCAGCAGCGUUCCCAUCUACCAGUCCGCAACCUUCAAAGGCGAAGGUAACGAAUACGACUACACUCGCUCGGGAAACCCCACCCGCACCCAUCUUGAGCGUCACUUGGCCAAGAUCAUGAAUGCCCACCGCGCGCUGGUCGUGACUUCGGGCAUGGCUUGCCUCGACGUUAUCACUCGCCUUCUUACUCCUGGCGACGAGGUCGUCACUGGCGAUGACCUCUACGGUGGUUCCAACCGUCUCCUCAAAUACCUCUCAACCCACGGUGGCAUUGUCGUUCGCCACGUCGACACCACCAACCCCGAUUCAGUCGCUGCCGUCCUGUCUGAAAAGACUGCUAUGGUUCUUCUCGAGUCCCCCACCAACCCUCUCAUGAAGGUCGUCGACAUUCCCACCCUCUCCUCGCUCGCCCACAAGGCAAACCCCAAAUCGCUUGUCAUCGUCGACAACACUAUGCUUUCGCCCUACCUCCAGAACCCUCUCGAUCUGGGCGCCGAUGUUGUUUACGAGAGUGGUACCAAGUACCUCUCCGGUCACCACGACGUUAUGGCCGGUGUCAUGGCUACAAACAGCCCCGAGCUGGGCGACAAACUCUACUUCCCCAUCAACGCCUCGGGUUGUGGUCUCAGCCCCUUCGAUUCUUGGCUGCUCCUCCGCGGUAUCAAGACGCUGGCUGUUCGCAUGGAAAAGCAGCAGGCCAACGCCAUGGCCAUUGCCAGAUACCUUGAGAGCAAUGGCUUCAAGGUUCGCUACCCCGGCCUCAAGUCACACCCUCAGUACGACCUUCACUGGUCUCAAGCUCGUGGCGCAGGCGCCGUUCUUGCCUUCGAGACCGGUUCAACCACCAUCUCUGAGAGAAUUGUCGCAGCCGCCAAGAUCUUCGCCAUCUCAGUUUCCUUCGGUUGCGUCAACAGCUUGAUCAGCAUGCCCUGCCGCAUGAGUCACGCCAGCAUUGACCCCGCCACUCGCAAGGAGCGCGCUUUGCCCGAAGACAUCAUCCGUCUUUGCAUCGGUAUCGAGGAUGUAGGCGAUCUCCUUGACGACCUCCAACAGGCUCUGGUCAGAGCGGGUGCUGUGAAAAUCACACCCGAUGGCAUUGAGCCCCUUGAAGUCCCCGAGGGUGAGACAAAGAAGACCAGAGAUCUCACUGACGAGCCAUGAUCAUUGCAUUAGUUUCUUUCUACUACGGAGGAGUUCUUUGAGACUCGGUUCUCGGCACAGCUGCUCUAGUAAGGUGCGAACUCACUGAGAACUAGCUCCUCCUUCCUGUACAUACCUUUUUCUUUCGGAGAGAUUUGGGAUCAUAGCAGGCGCUCCGAUACAAUAAAAAUUACACUUCCAAGUUCGAACCA